UCACUUCCAUUGACAUCACUUGUGUUUCUUUGCCUAACAUAAAACUACCAAUAGUAUUUUUAAUUUUCUUUUUCGAUUCAAUCUAUUCAUUGUUUGGAACUUUUUUUUUUGUCAUUUCUAUAAAAAUUAAAUACAAUCAUGUUUUCAAGAGUAACCCCUGAAAAACAAUCAACCACUGGUGUUAGUGGUCUCAAAAUACCAACUAAAAAGGUUCAAUUGACCAAUCUCUCUCAAUUACCGGAUGAUUACUGCCAAACUCCGGGUGGAACAAUGUUUGCAACUACUCCUGGAGGAACCAGAAUUAUUUAUGACCGAAGUUUCCUCCUAAAGAUGAGAAACUCACCCAUUGCAUCAACUCCACCCAAAAAUCUUCCCUACAUAGCUGGUGUUACAACGGGUAUUUCACCUGAAAGCCUAAAGGAAAAUAAAUCACCAUUUAAACCCUCAUCUUUAAUAAAAUCUGAGCAAUCAGCAACAAUUCAGAAAAAGAUUGAGCAAUCUAAAGCAACAUCACCAACACCAUCAACCGUAACAACAACAAAAACAACAACAACAACAACAACCCCUGCAACUACUACUGCCCCUAAAAAGGCUGUAUCAGCAACCAAUGAAGAGCCACAAUUUUCAAUGGAGAUGUAAUCUUUCUGGGACAAAUCGUCUACUAGAUUAUGGUUGUUGUUGUUUGAUUAGUAAAUCAACAAAUUACAUCUCAAAAAAUCAUUUAAAUGCAAAAGUUUAAAAACUGAAUACGACAAAAUUUACAAAAAAAUUAACGGAUGGAAGUCAAGGUGACUGAUGAAUCGAUUUUUUAAAACAAAAUGUAAAUAUACAAAAAUGAAUGGAAAAAACAAAGUUUCUAUCAUCAUCAAGUUACAACACCUUCUCUAUAAAUCAUUUGAAAGAACAGAAAAAAAAAUCAUCAACAAUUUAAUUAAAACCAAUAAUGAUUGAGAAG